AUGGAAUUCUUAUCUAUUUUUGUGGAAAAAGUCACAGGUUGCUUGAUGCAGCCAGUUGUGCGAGGGAUUGGGUAUUUAUAUUGCUACAAGAGCAACAUCAGAUGUAUGGAUAAAGAAUCUGAGAAGCUGAAGAACAUCAAAAGUGAGGUGGAGGAAAGAGCAGAAGUUGCCCGGAGAAACUUAAAACGCAUUUCACGCAAUGGCGAGGCUUGGUUAACUAGUGUUGAUACCACUACUGAACAUGUGGAAGCUGUAAGGCAAGGUACAGCUGAGGUUGAAAGGGGUUGCUUUUAUGGUUGGUGUCCAAACCUGAAGUCACGUUACUUGAUGAGCAGGAGAGCUAAGAAAAUUACACUGGAGUUGAUUCAACUUCAAAAUGAAAGCAACAGGUCUGAUGUAAUCUCCUUUGAUCAUCCAAUUCAAAGUGAGGCUAUACCUAGUAACUAUGGUGAGGUGUUUGACUCCAGAAAAUUGAAAGAGGAAGAGGUCAUGGCAGCUUUGAGAGAUGACGGGGUCACUAUGAUUGGGCUAUGUGGUUUGGGAGGUGUUGGUAAGACAACACUGGCUGACAAAAUCAGACAAAAGGUGAAACAAGAAAGGUUGUUCAAAGAUGUCGUCAUGGUAACUGUCAGUCAACAACCAGAUUUGAAAAAAGUUCAGGGUGAGAUCGCAGAGGGACUCGGGCUGAAAUUAGAAGGGGAUAAUUUGUGGAGUCGUGGAGAUCUGCUGCGUACAAGAUUAAUGGAUCAGAACAGCCACACCCUUGUCAUCUUGGAUGAUGUUUGGGAGGCUCUUCAUGAUCUAGACAAACUUGGAAGUCCCAGCGGUAGCAACCACAACCAUCGGUGCAAAGUGAUAUUGACCACGCGAUCCCGAAAUGUUUGUGAAGCAAUGGAAGCUCAGAAGAUCAUAGAAGUGGGAACCUUAUCUGAAGAGGAAGCAUGGUUCCUUUUCAGUCAGAAAGUUGGUGAUUUUGGCAACGAUCCUUCUCUGGUUGACAUAGCAAAAAAGGUUGCCAAAGAAUGCAAGGGGUUGCCACUUGCAAUUAUUACAGUUGCAGGAGCACUUAAGGGUAAAGACAUGCCUUCAUGGGAGGAUGCCCUUAAACAAUUACGUCGUGCAGAAACAAGAAAUAUCCCGGGAGUGCACACAAAGGUGUAUAAACCUCUGAGGCUAAGCUAUGAUUACUUGGAAAGUGAUGAAGUCAAGUAUCUGUUUUUGCUUUGUUCUUUGUUCGAGGAAGAUAGUGAUAUUUGGAUUGAAGAAUUGCUUAAAUAUGGAAUGGGGCUUCGCAUCUUUUCGGGAAUCGAAAAUUUAGAAGAUGCAAGAAAUAGGUUGUGUCUUCUGUUAGAAAUAUUGAAAGAUGGUUUCUUGUUAUCCCAAGGUUCAGACAAAAAUCAUGUGAAAAUGAAUGAUGUGGUCCGUGAUGUGGCUAUAAGUAUUGCGUCUGAAGGAGAGAAUAACUUUAUGGUAAGUCACAAUGUUAACUCGGAACAGUUCCCAAGUAGAACUUCUUAUGAGCAUUUCAGUCACAUGUCAAUUGUUGCAAAUAAAUUUGAUGAGCAUCCUAGACCAAUAAUUUGCACAAAACUGAAGCUUUUAAUGUUGAAACUCCGUUUUAAAGAUCCAUUCAAACUACAGGACAAUUUUUUUGAUGAAAUGAGUAACCUCAAUGUCUUGAGCCUGAGGGGACACAUAUAUGAGCAGUCCAUUAUAUGUUUUCCAGCAUCCAUUCGGAGUUUGUCAAGUUUGAGGACUCUGUGUCUGAGUAAUUUAAGGUUGGAUGACAUAUCCUUUAUUGGGGAACUUGUCGAAUUAGAAAUUGUCAGCAUAAGAGAUUGUAAGUUAGAUGAGCUGCCAGAGGAGAUAGGAAAAUUGACCAAGCUAAUUAGGUUAGAGUUUUGGAAUGAGAUAAGAGCACUUAAAAGGAUUUCAGCAGGGGCGAUAGGAAAACUAGCUCAAUUGGAGGAACUACAUAUUGUGGAAGUAGAAGAUUUGAGUGAUGUGAUGUACAGUAACCUUGGCCUUCCCUCCAAGUUGACACGGUACACUCUUGAUAUGGUUGUAGCUUACCCUGGGAUUUCAAGCAUUGAUGAGUACGACAAGAGUAUUCGUUUAGAUGUCACGGAGACUGCCCCAUUGGGUGAUUGGAUCUGCCAACUGUUGAAGGAGAGCGAAUUUGUAGAUUCAUACGGAGAGGGCUCUAAUAAUGUGUUGACGGAGUUGCAGCUGAAUGAAUUUCAGAAUGUGAAAUCUCUCGGCCUCAAUGAAUGUGAUUCAAUGACACAUUUAUUGAAGACAACACAUGAAGUAAUCAAGUUCCCCAAUUUAUAUGAGUUGAGCAUUCAGCUUAUGCAUUGCCUGACUCACUUUUGCAGUGACAAUAUUGAGCGCAUUGAGUUCCCUCUGUUACAAACAAUGAUCUUCAGGGGAUUACCUGAGUUCCAGAAUUUCAGGCCUACAGCCAACAACUCAAAUCCUCUUUUUGAUGAAAAGGUUUCUUGUCCCAACCUGGAAGACCUAUUCAUCGUUGAGACUAACAGUAUAAGUGCUCUAUGCUCUCACCAACUUCCAACUGACUACUUCACCAAACUUCAAAGAUUGGAAGUAUUGCAUUGUGGAAAAUUGAGAAACUUGAUGUCUCCAUCAGUGGCCAAAGGUCUUCUGAAUCUCCAAGAGUUAUGGAUAGAACACUGUGAAUCAAUGGAAGAAGUGAUCACAGAAGAGGAAGAACAAGGAGAAGGAAUCAUGACCUUAUUUCCCCGUUUGGAAUACCUGAAUCUCACCCAUCUGCCUAAGCUAGGGCAUUUCUUUCUGACAAACCAUGCCCUUGAAUUUCCAUUUCUAAGUUUUCUGAGUUUUAAUGACUGCCCUAAAAUGAAGACGUUUGUUCAUCAGGGAAUAUCAGUGAGUACACCAAUUCUCAAAUAUUGUGAUGAGGUGAUACUAGAUCUGAAUAAAUGGAUACAGCAGGAAUUCAAUAACAACGAACAAGAAGCUAGUGAUGACGACGAAGCUAGUGAUGAUGACGAAGCUAGUGAUGACUACGAAGCUAAGUGAUGACGACGAAGCUAAACCUAGUCAUGCCAGAAGUUAGGAAGCUGGUAGGAAAAACUCAAUAAAAUAAUGCAAGUAAAACCUCGAACAUCACUUGGUACCUAUGCUCGUGAUGGAGGUAAUUAACAAGGAGAGGCAGAUCUACAUUAUUGUAACCUAUCGGUUCAUGUCAACCUACUAGCUAUUGGAUAUAGAUCUAGUAUAUGUAUUAGUAAUAUCUAAAAAAUAGUUGAUUGUGAUAUAAACUUGAGGUCACUGCAGAAUUCUGUAAACUAUAAAUUUGGAUCCGCCUGUGAUUCUAAGUUCAUCUUUCAUUAUAUUUAACAACUAAUAUGUAGAUUGAUUUUCUCAUGUCAUCUUGAAUUCUACAUUGUUUUGAAAGAUUGAUCACAUCACAUGAUGAUUUUUUUGUUGGAAUGAGUAAACCAUUCCGCCUUUUCCAGCAUCCAUUCAGAGGUUGUCA